GUCCAGCAGCUCAGGAGCGGGCCCGUUGCUCCUGCGAGUUUCACAAAGAGGUGAUUUCUCAACCAGGCAGAGCGAAGGGGCAGUUCCCAGAAGGAGACCCACGGCCGCCCUGCUCCCGCCCCUUCCCUGCUCUCCCAGCCGCAGGGCUGAUGGGCUGGCUAACAGGACCACUAUAAAGAGCCAGCCCCUGGCACACACAGGACAGUGUUUCCCGGCAGUGAGGAACGGCCAGAGACAAGGCUCAGCGAGGCGGAAUCGCAAUCAGGGAAAGGAUGGGCCGCUUGGGGAUCGCCCUGCUGGCUGCACUCAUGUCCUCCCUUCCCUGCUGGCUGGGAGCCCCCUGCCCACCUGUGCCCACCCCCAGUAACAUCACACAAUUUGUCUGCACCUCCCCAUCCCUCAGCAGCUUCCCAACUGGCUUCCCCGAGGAGACGCUGAUGAUCUCUGUGGAGUUCACCAACCUCUCCAGCAUCAGCCCAGACACCCUGCAGAAGCUCCCCAACCUCCAAGAGCUGCAUCUCUCCAGCAAUCAGCUGAGGAGCCUCCCCGGCAGCCUCUUCCGGGAUCUGCCAGCGCUGCGAGUCUUGGAUCUCACCAACAACCUCCUGCAAGACCUGCCCCCAGAGAUUGUGGACUCCUAUAGCCCUCUGCAGCACCUGGUUCUGAAUGGGAACAGGCUGGGGGCCUUGGAGCCAGCGUGGUUCCAGACGCUGGGGGGGCUGGAGUGGUUAGAUGUGUCCAAUAACCAGCUGCAGGCUCUGCCUCCAAAUUGCUUCCAGAAUCUGAGCAGCCUGAAAAGCCUUGACCUGUCCCAUAACCACCUGGACAGGCUGGCCCCAGAGCUGUUGGCCGGCCUGCCCAGCCUGGAGAGGUUAAACCUGGAAGGCAACCAGCUCCACUCCAUUGUCGAGCACACCUUCGACCUGGUGCCGCACCUCCAGUACCUCUUCCUCCAGCACAACAACCUGAGCUCGCUGCCUGCACAGCUCUUCGGAAAGCUGGGCCAGCUGGCCCUCCUGGAUCUCGCCAACAACAGCCUGACCUCGCUGGCCCCCUGCUUCUCGGAGCAGAACCUGACGCUGGAGCUGGAUCUGUCCGGGAAUCCGUGGGCAUGUGACUGCGCCAUGCUCUCCUUCAUGCAGUGGGCGGCGGGCCGCUCGGUCGGCCUGUACACCCUACAGCACACCCUCUGCGGGACCCCCGAGAACCUCAAGGGCCAGACGGUGGCAGCCGCAACCAAGGGCGAGUUCAUUGCUUCUUGCUCAGCUGCACCAGCAGAGCGCCUGAGCCCCUGCAGCCUCCCUCAGGGCCACGCUUCCUCAGCGUAGCGUGGCUGGCCCAGGUGGCAACGCCCAGCGCCAAGUGGGCAGCAUGCCAGCUAGACAUGGUGAAAGCUGCGGGCACUCCCAGCUUCAACUCCCGUCCCACCACCAGCCACUGUGCCCCCAUGGCAUGAUGAUGAUGAUGUUGGUGCCUUCCUUACCAGGGAAUCCCAGCAGUGCCUACCACCUUUCCCAUAGGACUGGCCUUUCCAGAUCAGGCCUUUCCCCAUUUGCCGCUGCCAGCUCACCCCCCAGGCCACUGAUCAAAGACCUGCCCAGCUGCAGCAGGAAGGACCAUGGCCGCAGAAGGAGAACCCUCCCACCCUCCCCACACACACUCCUCCGUGCCCUCCUGCCUGACCCCUUCAGCCCCUCACCCCUACAAUGCCUCACAGGGGCUACCACGCGCCUCCCCCCAGCCAGUUCUCUCACGCAGCCACAUGUUCGGGUGGGAUGGUCUCCACUCAGCACCCAACAGAUCCCCUCUUCCCCCGCCAGGAAACCCCUCCCCAGCAAAAAGCCCAGAUGUCUCUUAGGAUACUGUCAUCCACCUGGAAUUUGUCCUUAUUCAGGCCCCAGCUUCCGAGCCUGGCACCCAAAUCCCACACCCAGCUCUGCAAUCUGGCACUGAGUAUCCUUGGAGGCACCCAGGAGCCUAAAUUGUGGGGGUUGGGGGGGGGGCUCUGGGAAGUUGGUUUUAUAGGAAACA